AGAAAACAGAAAUCAAAAUCUGUAGAUGUAAAGUGAUAUCUAUAUCUAUAUAUUUAUAUAUAUAUAUAGAGAGAGAGAAGAGACAGAUUGUAUAUAUCUAUCUAUAUCUAUAUAUAUGUAUGGUUGAUGACGAUGGACAGAGAAAAGGAGAGAGAAACGGAAUUAGAAAGUGCGAUGUAUACAAACUGUUUAUUAUUAGGGCUUGAUCCAUCAAUAAUCGGAGUCGGGUCAAAUAACGGUGCUGCUCGGGUCGGGUUAUUUCGUCACUCUAAUCCUAAAUUGGGUGAACAGCUUCUUUACUUCAUUUUAUCCUCUCUCAGAGGCCCUAAAGAUUUUGAUAAAGUUUGGCCGAUUUUUGAUUCUACACAAUCUCGUGAUUUCCGGAAGGUUGUACAAAGUAUUAUUAGUGAGCUCGAGUCGCAAGGGGCGCUUCCGAGAAGUAAUUCGAGGGUUUCGUCUUUGGCGACUUGUUGUGGACCGAGAUUUGUGGAACUAUUGUGGCAACUUUCUUUGCAUGCUUUGAGAGAAGUUCAUAGACGAACAUAUGCAGCAGAUGUAGUCUCAAAUCCACUACCAGCUUCACUGACUGAUGUAGCUUUCUCACAUGCAGCUACUCUUCUUCCUGUGACAAAGGCAAGAAUAGCUCUCGAGAGAAGAAAGUUUCUAAAAAAUGCCGAGACAGCAGUACAGAGACAGGCUAUGUGGUCAAAUUUGGCGCAUGAAAUGACAGCAGAGUAUCGUGAGCUUUGUGCCGAAGAGGCCUAUUUGCAGCAAGAGUUGGAAAAGUUACAUGAUCUGCGGAACAAAGUGAAAAUGGAAGGUGAACCUUGGGAUGAACUUGUAUCUAGCUCAAGUCAAAAUUCUCAUUUGGUUCAGAGAGCUACUCGCUUGUGGGAUUCUUUAUUAUCCCGGAAGAGUCAACAUGAAGUUCUUGCCUCUGGCCCCAUUGAGGACCUGAUAGCACAUCGGGAGCAUCGAUACCGUAUCUCCGGAUCAUCUCUUCUGGCAGCUAUGGAUGAAAGUAGUCAAGUCUCUUCUGGUGAUCUAGAGAAAGAACAAGGUGAUAGAUCACAAGUCAAAGUAAAUAGAGAAAAUGCGAAAGAUGGUGUGAGUUCUUCUCAUCCUCAAGCUAGCGAUGAUAAAACUUCUCGGGUGGAUGAUCGAAGUGGAAGAGGUCAGCCUACAGUUGAUAUAGCAGAAGUUCUGAGACGUUGGACUCAUGCUCUACAGCGUAUACAUAAACAGUCACUCCAACUGGCAAAAGCAAAUGAUGGUGAAGGUCCAGAUCUCUUGCGAAGUGCCAAUGACGGUGGUACAAGUGGUCAUGCCGAAUCAUUAGCUGCAACACUUGCUGAACAUCAACAACAUUUGGCUAGUAUACAGGUGCUUGUUAAUCAAUUAAAAGGUGUUGCUCCAUCAAUACAAAAUUCAAUAUCGGAGUUGAGUGAGGAAGUGAACAAUAUAUCCACCAACCUUCCUCAAGUGACAAAUCACCAUGGAAGGUCUAUCUCACCUGUUCAAGCACAAAGUACUGGAAGGGCAAUGGAAAGUAGCAGUGAUGAGAUCACAGAUGUUACCUCCAGAUUAUCUUCAGUUCAUAUUGAUAAAGUUUCAUCUAACCCCGCUGCAUUAAAACUUCCACCUCUAUUUAGUUUGACACCUAAUUCUACUGCAAAAAGUGGGAACUUCCACAAGAGACAAACUCAAGUUCAUGCUAACCAAGUAUCCGAAAACUUGCCUCAAGAACAAACUGUAUUAAAUAGCCAAGUAAAUACAUCACAAACAGACAGUGAAAAUGAUUAUGUUCGUAACUUGAAGAAAUCCGUGAGAGAGGCAGCUUUGUCAACACGAUCUAGCAAUACGAAUCAACUACAAGAUAGUCAAUCUGAUGAUGGCUCUGAACAUUUCUUUGUUCCCCUUUCAGGAGCCGGUUUUUCUCGUGUUGGCCCAGAAAAAAAAUUAGCUUCUACAAGAAGUAAACAGCUGUUUGUAUCUGAUUUGCAUAAUUCUUUGGUAGAGAGUCGUGUUUCAGAUGGGUUCAAGUAUAGUGAAUUACAUGAGACAUCUAGUAACUUGGAUAUGGUGAAUGAGUAUGAUGGGAUAAAUGGUUAUGUGUCUGCUGCUGCCUCAAAUUAUGCCGAAUCUGAGGGACGAUUGUCAUUUUAUGACAUGGAGGAAACUCAUGAUCAAGUAUUUUCACCUCCUUUCCUAAUGGACGCAUCUCUGUCAGCAGACGCAUUUGAGGAUUUACUUGCACCUCUCUCUGAAACUGAAGCGGCGUUAAUGGAGCAUUAAAAGGAGAUCUGAGAGUAUAAGUUUGACGAUGAUGUUGUAUUCUCAAGAAGAUGAUAUAUAUACUAUAGUUGAUUUAGUUUUGGGAUGUGAUUAUGUGUUUCUCUCUAAUCAAUUAGAUUUACCCGGUGCUUGUAUCUUUCACACAUUUGGUCCGCAGAAGAUGACAACUCUGGUCCGCAGAAGAUGACAACUCUGGUCUAGAUGUCUGACUGGUUGUAGUUCAAGUCUCAACCAUCUUGGUUGGAUCUGGGCCAACUGGUAAUGACAUAUUACUGCUAGGCAUCUUUUUAUGUUUUUGUGAGAUUAAAAAGAUUGAUGGCAGACAGUGUCAACUUAUGCUGUUGACCCACUAAUACUUGUGUCGGAAAGAAACUGAAUCAAAGCCUGUGGCAGGUAUAUGUUGUCAGCUAUUGGUUGCUUUUGAUCAAAUAUUGGAGUUGUAAAAUCUGGUUGAUUCUUUUGUUUUGUAAUCGUAGAAGUCAUAUCUGACUUGUAAAAGAAGAGAAUUCCCAUUCCUAUUCAUUGUUCUUGUCCAUUUGUUAAUUGAGCGAGGUUGUAUGAUUUAGUGUGAA